AUGCCUGAAGAUCCAUUUGAUGAUUUGAAGAACGGAUCGAUUGUUGGUAAACGAUAUAAGGUGAUGCAAAAACUAGGAGAAGGUGGCUGUGGAUCGGUUUUCAAAGUGGAAGAUAUCGAGGAUAAGAACCAACAGUAUGCACUGAAAGUAGAAUUUAAUUCUGCUAAUGCUGGAAAUGUUCUUAAAAUGGAAGUGCAGAUUCUUUCCCUCAUGAUCUCGAAAAAACACGUGGCAAAAUGUGUGGCUAGUGGAAAGAAGCCUACGUAUUCAUAUAUGGUGAUGACUUUGCUUGGAGAAAGUUUGGAUUCAAUCGUCAGAAAACAUGGACCGUUUCUGAAUGUAUCUAGUCAAGUGAGAAUUGGAAUUUGUGUUUUGUUCGGAAUCAAACAGAUCCACGACAUCGGAUACAUCCACCGAGAUCUGAAGCCUGCCAACGUGGCAUUAGGAUGUAAAGGAUCCGCCGAUGAACGUUAUUUUCUGGUGUUGGAUUUCGGAUUGGCUCGACAAUACGUGACAGAUGAACAAGAUGGGAAAAAGAUGCGUCGUCCACGAGAGAAGGCACUGUUUCGUGGAACCGCCCGUUACUGUUCAGUGGCAAUGCAUGAUCGUUUCGAGCAGGGAAGAACCGAUGAUUUGUGGACUUUGGUUUAUAUGUUGGCCGAGUUGAGAUGCCAACUUGCAUGGCAUGAUGUGGAGGAUAAGGUGGAGAUUGGAGAUAUGAAACGAGCAAUAUCAGAUGCUGAUCUAUUUGCCAAAUCACCUAUCCAAAUGUUGGAAUUCGUAAAAAUUGUCCGUGGAACUCAAUUCUAUCAUCGUCCGGAUUACGAGAAAUUGUUCAAGCUAUUGGAUGAUGUGAUGAAGAAUGCCGAUUACAAAUGGACUGAUCCGUAUCAUUGGGAACCGGAUAAGAAAAGAACUCCGAGUUCAAAUAAGAAAUUAUCAUUUGGUUUGGGAAGAAAAGCUGGCGGAACUCCAACCAAAGAUAGUGCCGAAGGUGGUGGACAAGACGUAGCAUAUUUCACAGCUGUGGAUUUCACUUCCAAUCCAAUUGGAUUCUAG